UCUAUUUUAUUAGGGUUUCAAGUUGAAAGCAUUCAUAACAAACCAGACCCAGGUUUAGCAAUCAGUGAAUGUGAUGGGAUCUUUGUUGGUGGUGGGAAUACUUUUUUGUUGUUGAAAACUUUGUAUGAAAAGGAUUUGAUCGAACCCAUUAGGACAGCUGUUUUCAAAAAAGGUAUUCCCUACAUUGGUUCUAGUGCUGGUACAAAUGUUGCAACAAGAAGUAUUAGUACAACCAAUGACAUGCCCAUCUGUUUUCCACCAACUUUAGAAGCAUUGAAAUUAGUACCAUUUAAUAUUAACCCUCAUUACAUAGAGGCUGAUCCUAACAGUAAACAUAUGGGGGAGACUAGAGAAGAUAGAAUAAAAGAAUACCUUAAUGAACCUGGAUCAGCACCUGUUUUGGUAAUUUUUCUUCUUCAUUUUUUUAAGGUAUUUUCUUAAGCUGAGAUGGCUAAG